UCUAAGACGAUAAGUUAGAGGAAGAGAGAGGAGGAUGAAAGAGACGAGAGAAAGAGAGAGAUAUGAAAAGAGGUAAAAAGAUGUUUGGUUAAAUUAGUAACUCGAAAGAUCUUAGCCAAAACUAAAAGUCUCUCGAUAAACAAACAGCUACUUCCUCGCCAUUAUCCUCUUCUCACUCAUCCAUAAUUUGAAUAGCUCAUUCUAUUUCAAUUCAAGACUAAAUUUUAAUUGUUUUCUGUUAACAGCUCCAAUCAAAGUUCCUGUAACACAAGGUUUCUCAUCAAAUUAAUAUUACACCCUUCAUGUAAACAUCGUCAUUCUUGAAGUAAACUUAAGUGUUUUCUGCUUUAACCUUUCACCGGGAUUAUCUUCAGACACUCAACUUUUAACAAGUAAUUCAACAGAAACGAUAUUGCCUGAGACAAAUGCUUCGAAAUAUUCUAUGGAUUAAUUUAAAUCAAGUUCCAUUGGUUUUAUUAUUGUGAUUGUUUCAUUCGGUGCAAUUGAUUAUACAAAAUACAAGAUUUCAUCAUGCAAAGGUCACUGAAAUCGGAAACCGUUGAAUCAAUUGUUGACGAUGGUAGCCAAAAUAAGAAAGUUAACUCGGUUCAAUGGGAUAGUGAAAAAGUCAAUGUUGAUAGUGAAGCUAAUCAAGAUGGUGAUAAUAUUACAAAUGAACCAUCAAAUGAAAGGUUAAGUGUUAUGAGACAACAAUUUGCUGUAGCUGCUUCAGGAACUGGAUCAUCAUCCAUAGAGGAUCGUGUUUGUUGCACUAAUAUGGCUCUGAAGGUGUAUAAAAAAGCUUGGGAAGGAGCAAGAAAAGCUCUUCCAAGGGCAACUCGAAAUCGUAUUACUAGUUCGGAUAACAAUUCAUCAGUUGAGCAGAGACAUGCAAUAGGUAAUCAAGAUCCUACGAUAUCAAUUGAAUCUGAAGAUGAUCCAGCAACAGAAUGUUCAUUUGAAUAUGAUGAGGAUGGUGAUUUACGCUCUGAAGUUGGUGAUCCAUUGAAAAGACGUGGUAAAGAUGCUGAUAGACCAACAACACUUCGAGGCUUGGAAAGAUUGUCAACCGAUACAGAAGAGUUUGGUGAAGACGAAACAGCCAGUGGACCAGAGGAUGUUGAUCUUGAAUCAUUUAAACGAGUUUACAUGUCUGAUUUGGUGAUUCCUGAGGAGCCCGAUAAAGAGACAGCUGCUUUUCAAGAAACAAACCAGUUAAAUAGUGAAAUAGAGAAAAAUAAUAAUCAAGAAGAUUCAACAAUAAAAAGUGAAGGUUCAAAAUGGAAAAGGAAAUUUAAAUUGGACGAGAAACUUGAUAGCAAACAAGAUAAUUCAACUGAAAUAGUUGAGGAAAACAAUAACUCUAAAGGUGGUGAGGCGACGAUUGAUGAGAAUAUCGGCGAUCAAACGACUGGUUCAAACGAGAAUAAACAAACAAUGAAUGAACCAGAUAAAGCAAUGUCAUUAACGGACAUUGAACGAUUUGUACAAGUAACUUGUGACCAGGUUAUGGAAAAAGUGAGAAGUGACAUUAAUGAUGCGGAUGAUUUAUCGGUGCGAGGAAGUGGCAUUUUCAAGAUUCGACCAGGAUUAAGGAAUGAAAAUUCUACUGAUUCAAGAGCCUCAACUGAUAUUUCAACAAUUGAAAUACCGACUAUAACGAUUACUGAGGAUCAGUUGGAUGAUUCAAGUGUUAUAAUUUCAGAAGCUACACUUCGGGAUGGAACUGGAAGUGAAGGUGACGAGAUUCCUGAAGAUGGUAAUUCAGCUCAAGGUACCCUGAAAGGUAGAGCAUCAUCAUUGAAGUUCAAGGUGCGGAGAUUCGGAUCCAAAGUGAAGGAUAUUUUUAAACGAAGUACCACACCUGAAGUUAGCCCGGCUCCUUCUCCAGUAGGUGAAUAUAUAGAUAUUGAAGAGGAAAAGAGACGUCGAAAAGAAGAGGAAAAAGAAGCCGAGAAAAAACGAAAGAUGGAGGAAAUUGCUCGAAAAGAAGAGGAGAAGAGACGAAAAGAUGAGGCAGAGAAAAAACGGAGAGAUGAUGAAUUGGAGAGAGAAUAUGAAAGAAUGGUUUACGAAAUGGAGAAGAAAGCUGAGCUCGAAGCUGCUAAGGAGAUAGAAAGACGAAAGAAGAAGGAAGAAAAAAGGAUGAAAGAAGAAGAAGAAAGAUUGAGGAAAGAGGAGGAAAAGGCUCGAAAAGAAGAGGAGAAGCGACGAAAAGCAGAAGAAGAAAAAAAACGGAGAGAUGAAGAAAUGGAGAGAGAAUAUGAGAGAAUGGUUUACGAGAUGGAGAAGAAAGCUGAACUCGAAGCUGCCAAGGAAAGGGAAAGACAGAAGAAGAGAGACGAAAAACGACGAAAGGAAGAGGAAAGGAUUCGGAAGAUGAAGGAAGAAGAGGAGCAACGUCGAUUGAAGGGGGAGGAAGAGGAAAGGAGAAAAAUACGAGAAAACGAAGAAAAAAGGCGAAAACAGGCUGAAGAGGAGGAACGACGAAUAAGACAAUUGGAGGAAGAGGAAGAACGAAGACGAAAGCGGCAAGAAGAAGAGAAGGAGCAAAAGCGACUGAUUAAAGAGGAAAGUGCUAAUUUACGAGAAACAUUGAAACGUAAACUGGAAGAAGGAUUGUUGACUGGAGGUGGUAAAGAUGGUGAUGACGGGGACAUUAUUAAAAAUGAAGCUGGCGGUGAAGAGAAUGGAGCAAUUAAAAGCGAACAAGAUGAACCUUUUUACAUGGUCGAUGGAAAGCAGGAUAGUAGACGCGCUUCUUCACCUUCAUUGGUUUCAGGUCCUGCUUCGGUAACAAUGUCUAAAUCAACUUCUCUAGCUACUAUUAUGGUAACUUCACCAGCAAGUAAUCGUGAUAAAAGAUCACCUUCCAGAGGCGAGGAGACUUUUGGUCAAACAGGUGAAUCCGAGGGAGAUGUUGACCCACAAAUGGAUGGACGAAAAAGAAAGAAGAUGAAAAAACGUCUUCGCGACACUAAAAAUAAGUUGAUUAACCUUAAAUCAAAAGCACUAGAAUCCUUUCCAUCCAUUUCGACUCUGAAAAUUCGGGUCAAGGAAAUACUGCCUGUUCGCAGUGGAGCGAGUGGUCCAGAUGAAAGUGGGCAAGGGGAAAUGGAUCGAAGAUAUUCCAUUCAUCGAGAGCAAAAGAUUUUUUCUGAAUAUCGUAAACGCUAUCCUGACUCUGAGAAUGAAUUUUUCUCUGACUCCGAAUUAGUUGAAUCACGUAAAUCUACAUUAAAAGCCAUUUCCCCUGAUUUGGAACAAGUACCUGGUGGAAUGUAUGAUGAAAUAGAGAUAUCAACCGAAGAUCGUGUUCAAUUAUUGCUAUCUCCAAUAAAUAGCCCAUUACGGCCACCAAGAAGGUCUAAUUAUGGAGCUAAUUCAUCGUUUCAUGCUUCAGAGCCAAAUAUAAGUAGAACUGGAACACCAAAGAAACCCAAAAGAGCACCUCCUCCGAGGCCACCACCACCUGAAGUUGAUAUUUAUUUGCUUAGCAGUAGUGGACUUGAUCUGUCAAGGGAAGGAUCAACAGCAACGUCAUUAGGGGCAUUAGAAGAUAUUGAUUUGAAUAGUUCUAAUCGUGAUUUAACAACUCCGACUUUGGUGAGGAACGAAUCCGACAGAAUUCCAGCUUCAAUUUAUUAUCGCAACGUUGUUCGUGAUUGGCAAGAAAGACAUAAUAAAAGAAUAGAUGAAUUGAUCUCAGCUUCAUCGCCCAACUUGGAGGUAUAUCAAAGACCACCAAGAUCAGGACGACCUCCACCACGAAUCCCUCCUCAUCCAAUAUCUGGAACUCAUUCUAGACCACAACCGAUACCAAGAAGAAGAGAAUCGAGAGGAAGUAUACUGAGGUCAACAGCAAGCUGAAGAGGCAGCAAUCAGUAAAGAAAAUAUUGACGGAUAUGAAGUUCUUGAAAAAAGAGACAUUCAUCCAUUAACAGCUAGUUCAGGCCUUCCGCCAUUACCUCCUCCAAGAUAUCGAUCUGAUAGGCACACUCCGAUGUCAAAAUCACCUUACAGUACUUUGCAUCGGCUACAA